UGUCAUGUGACGUCAUCUUGCUGGACGACAGGCGUUGUUCUCCGCACAAGAAAUCUGAACCGGGUCCGGUCCUUUAGGUCCAGUUCUCAAAAGCUCAAAAACACACCGUUAUGAGACAGUGAUAUCACUUUAGAAAGAUAAUCAUCGGUAAUCACCAUGACGACGCAGCGCUAGUGCUCAGCAUCAGGACCAGCAGCAGCAGCAUCAUCAGCGGCGGCGCGCAGGUGCGCUGCAUCCCUCUGAAAGGAUGGAGUUCAAGCAGCUCGUGGACACCGCGGAGAAAUGGUGCUCGGGAAACCCGUUCGACCUGAUCUUCGCCGAGGACGUGGACGAAAGACGACUGGACUUCUACGCCGAGCCCGGUAUAUCGUUCUACGUGCUCUGCCCGGACAAUCUUACCGGUGGAACCGAGAAUUUUCACGUGUGGAGCGAGAGUGAAGACUGUCUGCCGUUCCUACAGCUGGCACAGGACUACAUCUCUUCAUGUGGUAAAAAGACACUGCUGGAGGUGCUGGACAAAGUCUUCAGAUCCUUCAGACCUCUCCUGGGUCUUCCAGAUAUCGAUGACGACACGUUCGAUCAGUAUCAUGCAGAUGUAGAGGAAGAACAAGAGCCAGACCACCAGCAGAUGGGUGUGAGCCAGCAAUAAUGCCCAUUAGAGAGACUCCACGCUUGGGCCACAAUCUCGGAAUCAAUCCCUACUCACCUGACUCUUCUUAAACACGCCGACUGCAUCAUCUCACCCUUUAAUAUCCGGAUAGCUUUUCCUUCACUAUAAUCUUAACCCAAAGGAUCGUUUCGCUUUUUAACUCUUAGUUCUCCUGUCAUAUUUAACCAAAAAAAUCUCAUUCCAGACGUGACAGGAAGUGACAUCACAUGGUAGCAGAUGUUUAGAAUGGAAGUGCAGUACACGCUGAAUACUGACGACCACUAUUUAGAAAUAGUGUGUGGUGUGUAUUAUGCAGCGAUACACGUUUCAAACGCUGUGCUAUCAACUCGUCAGCAUCAUGUUGCAUGUUUAUUUAGUGAGGGAUGUCCGGUUACAGUAGCCUAUCUUUUAAGAGAUGAAAAGCAGGUGACGUUGUUUGGCAGUUUAAUGAAAAACGAAAAGAGAAAAUGUCAACUGGUAUUACUUCAGUUCAUAUUUUAGUGUAAAGUCAAGUCGAUCUCAUUAUUAUGGUGUUCCAUCCAUAGUGUGCACAGUAUACAUAGCGUAUACUUAGAAAGUCAUACUAUUGUGUAGUACUUAAAGUUCUUGGUUGAAGUGACAGAUGUAAUUUGACAUUUUAAAAUGAAACGGGAUAUUUUCUAAUGUGGGUCGGACGUUGAUUUAUCCAUUAGUAAUUCAUUGGAUGAUGUAAUGUCGUUUGCUAGAUGAUAGAUGGUUGAGGGAGGAGUUGUAAAAAUAAGGUGACUUUGUGAUUUCAUCUGGAAAAAAAGGCAUUUAGUAUCAUAUUUUGAUUAUAAAAAAACAAACAAUUAUUUAAACGGAAGUGCAUGUGCUUAUAAAUUAAAAACGUGCAUUAAGAAAUUGAAUAGGGUAAAUUCUUGAUUUUAUGUUGACUAUUAUGUGUUAAUGAAUAACCCCAGAUCUCUUUAAUGAGAUUGUGCUUAUAUAUAAAUAUUUAAGUCGAUCCAAAAUGUCUGAUAUGUAACCAAAAAUCGUGCAUACAAACCCAGCAAGCAAUUUUGCGUUUAAAAGACAUCUAGCCGUCCAAACACAGUCCAGAUGUCUAAGCACCCUUAUGAAAAUUAACCAGUUAAAACCAAUAAACCAUUGUUACUGUAGUAAAACCAUGGUUACCACAAAAUGACCAUGGUUUUGACAAUCCAUGUUUUUUGACACUAUGGUUACUGUAGUAAAACCAUGGUUUUGCUGAUAGUAAUCAAUACACCAAAAAAAACAUGGUUACUACACUUUUACCACAAAAAACAUGGUUAAUUUUUGUAAGGGCAAAAUUUGAGCUGUCAGUGACUUCUAACCAUAGCCCAAAAAUGGAUGAAAUAAAAUAACAGCUUGGUACAGCAAGGUAUUUUAGCAAAAACAUAAUUUAACCAAAUUUAAUUUUAUUUUGGCUAUGGGUCACUUAUAGCCGGUCUAUAUGAGGUUAAUCUAGACCAGUGGUUUUCAAACUGGGGGCCGGGGCCCCCAGGGGGGCCACGAGAUGGUGCCAGGGGGGCCCCAGUUUUAUGACAUUUUAUGAAAUACAUUAAUUUAUCAUGAAUUCUGUGUAAUUAAACCUAAAAAAUAGGCUACUAACCAAAAGCACUACUUUUUUGUAUAAUUUAAUUUAAUUUUUUUACUUAAAAUGUUGAGUUUUAGAACAGUUUUUUGUCACAAAUUUUCUUUGGGGGGGCCGCAAAGGAAUGCACUGUACACAAGGGGGGCCGCACGCUGAAAAAGAUUUGGAACCACUGAUCUAGACUAAGCUAUUGCUUGCUGGGAAGUGUAUUUAGAUUGAAUCAAGAGAUGAGAAGGUAAAGUCUUUGUGUGGUUUGUGAUAGAGCUGAUUUUGUUGUUGUGUUUUGUGCUGGGUGAGAGCGCUUUCAUUCAGUCUUGAUCAGUCUUUUGUCUUUAUUCAUUGUGUUUUUAAUUCGACACAUCAUUGAUUGUGCUUUAUAUGUUAAUUUGAGUCGUGAUUCUGUCAGCUGAGAGGUUAACUAGACAAAGAUUGGAUCGAUUUAAAGAAGACAAUUCCUCAUCAGGAAUCAUUAUAUGGUUCCUAAGAUGUAGUUUCCAAAAAUGACACUGUAUGUUUCUUUAGAUGGUUUUCUUUAUGGCUGUUUUACGACAUCAGGUUGUAAAACCCUUCUAACCGGAGCUUUGAUUUGAUAAGGCGGCUGUAGUUCACAAUGUUCCAGAAUGUAAAGGCUUGUAAGGUGUUAUUGUUGAAUGGUUUAUAUGGCAUGUGCGAAUUAUCUUAAGCAUGUAGGUGACGCCUAAGUGAUGGUCAUGUGACCUGAUGGGAAGGUUUGGAUUAUGAUCAUGACAUGAGAAGCAGUGACAGAACAGGUUAUACAGUAUAUGAAUGUGCUCUUUUGCUUCAGUGGUGUCUUCCUGCAUACGCUCGAGCGUAGAGAUGAUGUUACAUCUGUGUGUUACUGAGAUUAAAGCUCCUGAUUGUCUCUAUGUAACUCAGUUAUGUAAACUUUGUGCUGGACUUGUGUUUCAUUUCUAUUUCGUUUAUUUAUUUAUUUAGUUUGUGGGUAAUAAUUUGACACU